AUGAAGUACCUCUUGUGGAUCAGCUUACUUUUCAUUGGAGAAUCCCAUGGAUACGUGCGCCUCACGAACCUCAAGUGCGAAAGCUAUGACAAAUCAUUCGUCGUCUUUCCCGAAUGCCGACUAAAAGUGCUUGGCAGGGGAAUUAUCGGAGCCAACAUACACGUUAAGCUUCUGAAACUGCCAAUAAAUAGGAUGGUCGUGAGAUUCAUCACUUACCGGAAGCUAAACGGAUACCAUCCGUUUCUAUUUAAUGUUUCCGAGGAACACUGUCGCGUCCUAAGGUAUCCAAAUCGUCUCAGAGUCUUCUACUAUUUCUACACCGCCUUUAUGCCCUUUUCCAAUAUUAAUCAUACAUGUCCCUAUAAUGAUGAUAUUUACAUAAGGAACUGCACCUUGGAUGAUCGUAUGUUUGCCAAGGUCCCAUUACCAAAGGGUAGCUAUAAGUUAACCCUCGAAAUGGAUGAUGGUGUCGUGAACUGGAUUUCCAUCAUAAACAUCCACUUUGAAAUUGACGUUGACUAAGAUGAACAAAACAUUAGAACACCUAAUGGAUCUAACACAACGAACACAUAUUUAUUUUGCGUUAAUGUUUUAAUUAUUCCUAUGCCCGCUAUAUGAUAUAGUUGUCCGAUCUGGCCCGUUCCGACUUCUAUACUUAAUGCAAUACAAAGUUCGUUAAUGCAAAUUGCUUUAAAACUGACUAAUUACAUCGGUUGUUAAUACUCUUCGAGAAUACAUACACAAUAUGGCGUCUU